CAUCUAAGUGCACGCAUCAUGGCACGCUCGCCCGUGCUCGCUGCUGAAAUUCCAGAUUCAAGUAAACUUAGUGCCAAGUAUAUCCCUGGUGCAUUGGGAUCAGCAUUUUCGCCACUACCUGCCAGAAUGGCUACUGGAAUGCCACUUCUACAUGGCCUGCCACUGUUCGGUACUAGUGGAAACGCCGGAAAAGAUUGGUGCGAUGCCCGAAUUGCAGCAACAUUGAUGUCUGGUUACAAUACUAACUUGCAGUGGUCAGCUGAUCUUUCAAGCCUGUCUACUUUCUUACUUAACCCUGGUGGCAGGUUAUGUAGACCCAAGAAACGAUAUAUCUGCAAAUUCUGCAGACGUGAGUUCACCAAAAGCUACAAUCUCCUAAUUCACGAACGCACGCACACGGACGAGCGACCGUUCCCUUGUGAUAUUUGUGGCAAGGCCUUCAGAAGGCAGGACCACCUUCGUGAUCACAAAUACAUCCACAGUAAAGACAAGCCUUUCAAAUGUGAAGUUUGUGGUAAAGGUUUUUGUCAGAACAGGACGUUGGCGGUGCACAAAGCCCAACACGCACACGACAUCGCCCCGACUUCUUCAGACCUAUCAUCGAGCACCGAACUCAAUGUUUUGUUGAGGGUACCAAGAGUUUGCUCGGCCAACGUCUCGCCUUCGUCAGGAGUCGAGCGAUCGUCGAGUCCCAUCCUCGUCACCUCGUCAGCCUUGACGGAGGACGAGCCCAUGCAGACCCUUGCGGAGGAGCCUGGCGCUGACGAUGAGGAAGAAAGACCAAGAAGACUCGGCUUCACCAUCGAGGACAUCAUGAGAAGAUGAAGUGUUGCGUGUUUUAUAUAUGUUGUGGACAAUUCGUUUUCCGGAGAAAACGUGUGAAUAUUUUUAACUUGUAUUUUAUCGGUCACGCUAGAAUAUUUGUCCCGUGAUCUAAUUCCAAUAUAAUUAUGUAAAUAGAAUGUUAGUUGAUGGUCGAAGUACCUUUACCUUUCAUGCAUGGCAUAACAUGUGAUGCUUACUGAUCUCUGUACAGCGGUUGGGGUUUAAUUCAAAAGUUAAGGAGUCUGGAUGGAUCAGCACGAAGAAAUAUCUUCCACGAAAGACACGAUCUCUUAAGCCAAAAACCUUUUAUUCGGAGGAACCAAUUCCCAAAUUUUACACAAUUAA